CCAGGAGCCGUUUGCACAGUUCAGCCUUGCCUUUUGAGAGAGAAGAGAGCUAGCAUAGCAAUGAGCGAGGCGGCUGCUUCUUCGUCGACCAAGACAUCCCACAGCGUCGAUCUCGAUGCCUUUGCGCGGCAGUUCACCGGAAUUGUAGGCUGCAAAGCACAAAGCGAAAGCCGCCUGCGCCACACGGUGCUCGUCAUUUCUCUUGUGUGUGGUUACGUUCGUUCAGCCGGCCAUCAUCGGCUGCGUCUUCUCGUUCCUGUCGCUCCAUUUGAUGGCGCAGCUGCCCAAGCGGCUGUGGCGCCACGUCGGCGCACGUGUCACACGCCUGUUCAUCAACACCUGCAACGGGGCGGAGCGCCGUUUCUGGUGCGGGCUGUCCUUCGACGCUGCCUUCAGCUUCGGGCGGCUGCUGACGCAGAUCGAGUGCAUCGUCAUCCGGUUCCCUAGUGGCAGCUACGUCAGAAUACGCAUCCCACCCAGCUCGUGCGGGCGGACAUCUUCAGGACCGUCGAUUCGCUACUCGAGAAUUCUUAUUCGCCGAGGGGCCGACAUUGUGACAGCGUUGGUGGAAGGGCACUGCGACCGGCAGAGAGGUCAGGCGGCACGAAGCACACUCGAGUCAAUCGAGUUCAGCACCUCCCAGUUGAGGCUGAGCCUCGACGAUGAUGAGUACGACCAGGCCGAGUCUGUGUGGCAGCAUGCGGCCCUCGCCCCUCCCCUCGACACGCCCCCUACUCUGCAUUCCCUCACAUCCAUCUCGGGCUUCGGCGAGCAUGACUUUAUGCCAGCGUCUUUCUACCGCCAGGAUCGACAUUGGCAGCUUCCGUCCCUCCAGAGACUGCAAACACUGGCAGACCGCCCUUCAGACAGGGAUGGGCAGCCGUGUUGGGGCGUGCCGCGGUUGCUGCUGCGGGCGUGUCGGAGCCUGCGGGAGGUGGAUAUGGCGAUGCCGCCUGGUCAUGUGGCCGAGGCCUUGGCGGAGAUACCUAUAGCACAGGAUGGGCAGCCUGGCCCCCUGUCGCAGCUGCAGGAUAUCGGCCCUCUCAUCUGCAUGCAUCACCAUCCUGUCGAUGUCAUCACUGCCGGGUACAACGCCGGAUGCACUAUCAUUCCACCGGACGAGUGGGCGGCGGGGGUGGGGCGUCUGCAGGUAUGCGCGUACAGAAGAAACAAAGCAGAGAGGACCGUGUGUGUCUUUGUACGAUGUUUCUCGUCACCGCCGUUUGUCGUUUGUAGGGCGUGCUUGUCGCUCGGGGGUGCCGUUCGAUCAAGAGCGUCACUGUCGACCUUGGAUGGCAUGAGCCCGUCGACAGCAGCAUGUUCGAAGCGCUGUCGGCCAUCGAGGCCUUCACACGCACAGUGUGUGAGCGCGCCAGCGUCCCCGUCCACAUAUAUCGACAUCCAGACAGGGGAGUCCUUUCCGGAUCUGGACCCCCUUGAUCCAGACGACCGCCUGCUCUUCGACCUCUCCCUCCUCUGCGACGUGCCCGUCCACCCCGUCGCCUCUCCCUUCGUCCGGAGGCACCUUCUCCAGAUGGCGGCAGACGUGUCGAAGGUGUCCUUCCUCAUCCAACCACAGCAUGUGACGGCUCCCCUUGACACACCCACCCCCGCUGCCAAGGCCCUCGCACAGGCCAUGAGGUUCCCCAAAGCGACCAGUGUCAAGGUCAUCGACUUCCCAGAUAUGGAGGAGCUCGAGGCCGACACGCCGCCGCCCGACCCGCUCGUGAUCGACGAGCUGCCUGACGCUGCCUUUCCCACGGCAUCGCGCCUCACGAUUGGCAGGAGCUUGGGCAGCGUCAUAGAGCGUAAGCUGGUGACCAAGAUGCCUGUUCUGGCAAAGAUCGAGAUCGGUGGCUCAUGGGAACUUGUCGAGACGAGUGAGGGGGUACCAGAGGCGGAUGCGGUGAGGGUGCUGGAAGCAGUGGGUGCGGACAGGCACCUGGAUCUCUUUCGUGUUGAUGACUCUUGCUUUGUCACGGGUGUGGGUGAGGGCGGCGUGACGUGGGGCGAGAGGACUGACGAGCUGCCCAGCAUGGAGAAGCUGGAGCUUAGUGUGGAAGGUGAACCGCACUGCACCCAAACUGCACAUUCUGCAUGUCAUCUCUCUCUGUUUGGGUGCGUGCAGUUCCCGAGCAUCUGGCUGACAGCGAUGCUGCUGGUGAGUUUGGCAUUACCUGCGUCAGGUCGCUGCUCAAGAUUCGCGGCCUCAAGGAACUCGCCUUAGAGCCGCGCCCCUGGAGCGCCUUCGCGCGGCUCGUGCAGGAGAGGAGACAUGGGGACAGCAUCGAGGGCGUCCCGGGCCGAUUCGUCAUAGGGUGGCGCAGGGGAGGCAGCCUUGUGCUCAAGCCUCAACAUGAAGACACCUGAUGGAGGGAGGACGACAUAUAUGUCGAUGCGACGACUGUGCUUCUGUUUCUUGCAAUGGUAUUGUGUGUAUUGUGCGUAUGUCGUUUCAGGUGGUCCACUGCUCAGCUGGCCGAGCUCUUUGCAGUCUAGACCAGUGCAUUGAUUGUGUG